CAUUAUUCAUGACCCAUAUUAAAUUGUAUAAUAAUGAAAAUAGAUUUUUAUAUUUUUACCACAUGAAUGAUGUUGAGAUGCCCAUCUAUUUUGGAAAAAUCUUUAUUUGGUUUUGGACUAAAAUAGGGCAAAUGUUUAAGCAGUCAAAAUAAAUCAUAAUUUCCAGGUAACAUUAUCACUAAUAUUAUUGUUUACUCUAUAUAGUGCAUAAUGAAAAAGGUAAGAUAGCAACUUCUUAAUUUGCACUACCGAAAUAGAAAAACUUAAAGCUGGAUAUUAUAGAAUGUGAAAUCACGUGAUCAUGGUAUAAUUCAGAUGUCAGAUAUUUUGAAAAUUGUGAUUACUUGAUUUAAAAGGAAAAAAACUUUUUAGACAUCAUUAAUUGAUUAGCAUUCUCAAUUUAAAACUCA